ACGUGAAUUUACAUAAACAUCCGCAGUCUAGUAAUAACUUUGUGCGUAUGUGUCCCGUUAGUAUCCAGGUGAUUUAAAAUUAUUCUUGCAGUGGUGGUGACCUCCCGUGGUAGAUGAAAUAUUCGCAAUUGAACCCGGCAGAGUUUCGCGAUUACCGCUAAUUACUAUAAAGACACAGUUGUACAUAUUACGGAUUGUUGGUCGGUUAAUAAAUCAGUAAGUUCUGUUCAGACUUGUGACUGAAAGCAAAGUGCAAAGUUACCCCGAUGCUUCUGCGUGCUGGUCUGUUGUGUGACGUCGUACUGUCUUUUAAUAGUCAGCCCCUGUGACCGGUUUUUCCGUCGUUAACAAGACACCGUUGUACGUUGAGACGCGCCCUCGUCCGACCUUGAAACCUAUAAUCGUUCAUAACGUUCGAUGUUCGAAACAUUGUCUACAAAACUAUUAAUCGUGCUCCACAGGUUCGAAUCUUUUUUGUUUUCUUCGGCGCCUCGUUAACAAGAAGCAACAGUGAAAUGGCAAAAAAGACGUACGAUCUGUUGUUCAAGUUGCUGCUGAUCGGUGAUUCCGGAGUUGGCAAAACUUGUAUAUUGUUUAGAUUUUCGGACGAUGCAUUUUCGACGACAUUUAUUUCCACAAUAGGUAUCGAUUUUAAAAUCAAGACAGUGGAAUUAAGAGGAAAGAAAAUCAAGUUACAGAUAUGGGAUACAGCCGGUCAAGAAAGAUUUCAUACUAUUACUACAUCAUAUUACAGAGGUGCAAUGGGUAUUAUGCUUGUUUAUGACAUUACUAAUGAAAAGACAUUUGAAAAUAUUGUUAAAUGGCUGAGAAAUAUCGACGAACACGCGAAUGAAGAUGUGGAGAAGAUGAUACUGGGAAACAAAAGCGAUAUGGAAGACAAACGUGUUGUUAGCACAGGAAGAGGGGAAGCGAUAGCGCGAGAACAUGGAAUCAGAUUUAUGGAAACAUCUGCGAAAGCAGAUAUUAAUAUUGACCGUGCAUUUAAUGAAUUAACCGAAGCAAUAUUGGAGAAAACUCAUGGAAAGGAACCGCAAGAUGCUCCUGAUAGAGUAACGGUUGAUCGAAGGGUGGAAAGAAAUUCUAAUCGGUGCUGCUAAUCUUAUAUUAUUUAUUUUAACAGCGCAUAAUAUACUAUAUAUCAGCUCGUGCCACUCAAAAUAGAUCUGUGGAUAGAUUUAGAGCAUAAUUUAAAAAAGCAUAAUAGUAUAAUUAAACUCUUCACAACACUGCCUAAUCAAAUUCAAUUGAACUUAUUUAAUGAGAUUUCUGAUAAAGAUAUAUCUAAAUUUACUUCAAAAAAUAUAAAAGGAAAUAACUCCAAUUUGGAAGUGAAGUUUUUUAAUUAUACCUGGAUUUCAAAGGGUGGGUUAUAAAUGCUAUUUGUCACAUAUAUGACUGUAUACUUAUAAAUGUACUUAUAAAUGUGUCUAUUGCAUGUAUACAAGCAUUAAGCUCCAUCACAGCUUUUAUAAAGAACACUACAAAUCAAUAAUAUAUACUGCUGAUGGAGCUUUGUUUUCCAUGUGAAACUUCAUGCGUUGUUGCACGAACAAAGUCAACUAGGAACAAUUUGUUUGUUAUGAGGCUGCAAUUUGUUACCAUAAUGAGACGAGUGAGAAUGAAUGAGGGCUUUUGAUCUUAAAAAAAUCUAUGUGAACAUUGAAUGCUUUUUCAUACAGACAUUGCACUACAUUGCUUAUUUACAUCUUAAGUUAAAAUCUAAAAGCUUAAGUCCAAGAGCUUUUAUCCUACUUGUGUAAGACUAAUUUACUACAAAUAUAAAUAUUCACGAUUUCGAA